CUUGGUUGGUUUAGUACAGUAAAACUGUUGGAGUGACAUCUUGGGUUCUUCCAUUCUAAAUGCCUUUUUUUUCCCAUUAUUAUUAUUAGUAUUAGUAUUAUUAUUAUUAUUAUUGAUAUUUUAAAUUUUAAUGGACAAACAAUUCUGGUUGCCUGUGUUUGAAAAGAAGAUGUUAACUUGGUAAAAGAGGUUCCAUGUUCUUGUUGGUUCCAUAAUUCUAAUUUAAUGGUCUCUUUUAACACACCCAGUUGUUCAUACACCAAAAUUUUGUUGCUGAAUCCCACAUUUUGCAUUGGCAGAAUCCCAAUCUGUUGUUUCUUCUCUCUGUUUUUUGCUCUUUUUUGUUUCUCUUUCUCUAUGUGAGUGUUGGUUUCUGGGUUUGUUAUAGUUUCCUCCAAAGUUCCAAACACAGACAGCGCAAAAUCCAACUCUUUUGCAUAACCCCAGCAUAGGGCUUCGUUCCCUUUCUCCUUUCUCUCGCUCUUUUGUUGGAUCUGACUAACCAACCAUAAAUCUUUGCAUAUUACCUUCCAUAUUCUUCCUUCUCCGAUCCCUUUAAAUUCUUCUGUCUUCCUCCUUCUUUUCUUUCUUUCUUCCUCUUUCUGUGUUCUUGAUUCUUAUUGGGGAAUACCCAUUUCGGUUGAACGAUUGAUUGAUUGAUUAUUCACUAAGAACGGCAUUUAGCGAACCCCAUCUCUGAUCUGAUCGUUUCUUGGGGCAUUUUCCAUUGAGAUGGCAAUGCCCUUUGAAUGAUGAACAAAUCCGUGGACGAAGACGACGAAGAAGAUUGUUUCUACGAGUCACUUGAUCGCAUUGCCUCCUCAGGGUCAUGUUCUACUUCCAAUUCCGACGAUGACAGAGAUUCAAACGCCAACUCCCCUAAUUAUGAUUCUGAACACCCUUUUCCGAUACCCAAAUUCCCAAUGGCUGUUUCCAACUAUGAUAUUUGGAUCUCCGAGCCGGCUUCUGUGUUGGAACGACGUAGCCGUCUUCUUCAAGAAAUGGGUCUUAGCGGUGACCCUUCUCUCUCACGGGUUAAUACGGUCUUGGAAUUGGAUCAUAGAGAAAAGGCUGUUGGCGAUUUUGGUCGAUCGGUGUCGUCGGAUUAUUUGACUAGUCAACAACAGCAGCCCCCUGCAAUCAUCCGCUCGAAAUCGGAUGGUGCUGCAGAUUGUAACAGGAACACCAGCUCUUCACAGGCUUCCGGCAGCGAUAUUAAUAACCAGUGUAAUUAUUCGUCGUCCAUUAAUUCUCCUUCAAUUCUUUCAUUUCAUUCGGUCGAUGAGACCACCACUUCAUUUGCAAAUAACCGUAAUCGUGUAGUUGUUAAGUCCAGAAGCUGUAAGAGCGAUGGAACUCCAUCGGUUUCUUUCGCUGCUUCACAGCAUAAGCCGCCUUCUGGGAAAAAUUGUAGAUGGGCAGAUGAGAUUCGAAGUGAUUCGUUGGUUGUGAAUGCCAAUUCGGAUCCUGAUCCAUCGUCGAUGUUCCAGAAUGGUGUGAAUAGACGAGAGGUUGGCGAGGAUUCGGCUUGUUCUACUAGUGGAAAGGUCAAUGAGAAUGCCUGCACUAUCAAAGAUCUAGACAAUGGGAAAGAGUUUGUCGUGAAUGAGAUUACUGAAGAUGGUAUGUGGAACAAGCUCAAGGAAGUAGGGACUGGGAGACAGUUGACCAUGGAGGAGUUUGAGAUGUGUGUUGGGCAUUCACCUAUUGUUCAAGAACUGAUGCGGCGGCAGAAUGUGGAGGAUGGUUGUAACGAAAAUGUCGAUUUGAAUGUGAAUGGGGAUAUCAGUAGUAGUUCGAAAUUGAAAAAGAAAGGAGGCUGGUUUAAGAGUAUAAAGAGUGUCGCUAGCACAGUGAAGGGUCAAAAGGAGAGACGUAGCAGUGAUGAGAGGGAUACUUCAUCUGAGAAGGGCGGACGAAGGUCAAGCUCUGCAACAGAUGAUAGCCAAGAUGUCUCCUUUCAUGGACCAGAGAGAGUAAGAGUUCGGCAGUAUGGAAAAUCAAGUAAAGAAUUGUCUGCACUCUACAAGAGCCAAGAGAUACAGGCCCACAGUGGGUCGAUAUGGACCAUUAAGUUUAGUUUGGAUGGGAAGUACCUUGCAAGUGCAGGAGAGGACCGUAUCAUUCAUGUUUGGCAGGUCAUUGAGUCUGAGAAAAAGGGUGAUCUACUGAUGGAGAAACCUGAAGAAGGGAAUUUGAGUUUCUUAUUUGCAGCUAAUGAGUCACCAGAGCCCACUUCAUUGUCUCCGAAUGUGGAUAGCCAUCAUGAGAAGAAGAGAAGAGGGAGAUCUUCUAUCAGCCGGAAAUCAGUGAGCUUGGAACAUGUUAUAGUGCCGGACACUGUAUUUGGGCUUUCAGAAAAACCUACCUAUUCUUUCCAGGGGCAUCUUGAUGUUGUGCUUGACCUAUCUUGGUCCAAAUCUCAGCAUUUGCUCUCGUCUUCAAUGGACAAAACUGUGCGGCUCUGGCACUUGUCAAGCAAAUCCUGUUUGAAAAUCUUUUCGCACAGUGAUUAUGUAACUUGCAUCCAGUUUAAUCCUAUUGACGAUAGAUACUUCAUUAGUGGAUCGUUGGAUGCAAAAGUUCGUAUAUGGAGUAUCCCAGAUCGUCAAGUUGUUGAUUGGAGCGACUUGCAUGAGGUGGUGACCGCUGCAUGCUAUACACCUGAUGGCAAGGGUGCAUUGGUUGGUUCUUACAACGGAAGCUGCCGAUUGUACAGUACUUCUGAGAACAAGAUGCAACAAAAAAGUGAGAUAAAUCUGCAGAACAAGAAGAAAAAAUCUAGUCACAAGAAAAUAACUGGGUUCCAGUUUGCUCCAGGAAGUUCUUCAGAAGUGCUCAUUACAUCUGCAGAUUCACGCAUCCGAGUGGUUGAUGGUGUUGAUCUGGUCCAGAGGUUUAAAGGGUUCCGAAAUACAAACAGCCAAAUCUCUGCCUGCCUAUCAGCGAAUGGCCGGUACGUGAUAUCGGCCAGUGCGGACUCUCAAGUGUAUGUAUGGAAGCAUGAAGCAGAUUCUCGACCUAGUAGGAGUAAAGGAGUGACGGUCGUUCGAUCAUAUGAGCAUUUCCACUGUCAGGAUGUCUCUGUGGCUAUUCCUUGGCCUGGUAUGGGCGACACAUGGGGACUUAACGACGAUUAUUGUGGAGAUGACAAUGUGAUUGAAAAUCAUCUCGACGAAGUCUCCUCUGCUAACCAUCCCCCUUCGCCCGUGGAGGCAGAAAAUGGCAGUGAGGAUUCACUAUUGGCAUCUGGCUGCACCAACAGCCCUCUUCAUGGAACUCUUUCAAGUGCAACCAACAGCUACUUCUUUGACAGAAUCUCAGCAACGUGGCCGGAGGAAAAGCUCGUUCUGAACACUCGGAACAGCCGUAGCCCUCAUUCCAGUGUGGACAUUGCGAGUGGAAUGUUCCAAGGCUCAUCAGCAUGGGGUAUGGUGAUCGUAACUGCAGGUCUUCGAGGCGAAAUCAGAACAUUCCAAAAUUUUGGAUUUCCAGUUAAGAUUUAAAGAGGUGUGAAAUGAAGAAGUUGAAAGCCUCUUGAAAACCAGCCCCAAAUGGGAAGGCAAAGGAAAGAUGGGAAGGGGAGUUAGAAAAACCAAACUCCAAUACCAUUGCCAUUUGCCAUACAUUCCUUUCCUCCCCAUUGAUUGGAAUAUAUGUGUACAGAGACAAUGUUGGGUGAGAUUUGUAAUGUUAGCAGAGUUAAGUUUCUUGUUACCCUGUGCUUGUGCUCGUCGGGUGGGGCUAUACCGAGAGCCAGUCCGGUGGAGAAUGGCAGGAAAAAGUAUAGAUUUGUGAAGGGAAAAACUGAAAAAGGGGGAAGGGAAAAAAAAAGGAAAAAAAAAAAAAGACAAAGAAAGAAAAAUUUACACUAUGCAUUUAGCAACAGAUGAUGUAAUUUCUGUAAUCGGGAAUUGUAGAGUUUUGAGCACUGCGAAAGCUUUAUUGAAUUGAAAAGGAGGGGAGAAAAGAAAAAAAGAGGAAUUUUUUUAAAGGUUGAAUGUUGUCCGAAUUGGUUUUGAGAAUUAUUGUUUCUCUUACAAAAUUACAAGGCGUCUGGUAAUUGAAUUCAAGCUUCUAGCUGUA